GUUCUGGGGUGGUGCCACAUUUGGACCUCUCUCCAUUUUCUUUUCUGCCUUGUCGGGUGGCGGCCGGAUCGUCAUCGUCAGGCCCCCCUCAUAUUGAUCUGUCCACCUUUCUCUCCCACCUCACAUCACACUCCGUACAUCGAUCUCUAGACGUGUACAGACCAUGGCAGAAGCUUCUUCGUCCUCUGACGUGAUCAAAAUCACUGUCAAAGGCCCAUCCGAGCUCAAACUAUCGAUCGAGAUUGACCCUUCAAAGACCGUAGCAGAACUCAAAGAGGUCAUCGCGGAGAAGAGCGAUGUAGAGAAAGAUAGGCAGAGGUUGAUCUAUUCGGGCAAGGUAUUGAAGGAUGAAGAGCAGAUUUCAACCUACAAGAUCCAAAACGGACAUACUCUCCAUAUGGUCAAAGGAGCCAACAAGACGCAAGCUGCUGCUGCUGGCGGUGUUACUGCGUCUCCGGCUGCAGGAGGAUCAACGUCUCAAUCUCAGCAGCUCCCUCGAAUGGGGACAGGAUUGAACGUUGCAGGUAACCCAGUCGAUAACAUUGAGAAUAUACCUCAUGGUCUUGGCGGCUUCAACCCUUUCGCCAACAUGGCUGGACUGAAUAAUCUCAAUGACCCCAACGCCAUGACAUCCAUGAUGCAGAACCCUGAUUUCCUCAGAGAAAUGAGCAACAUGAUGUCCAGACCCGAAGUCUUGGACCAAAUGAUCAACUCAAACCCCCAAUUGGCACAGAUGGGACCUCAGAUAAGAGCAGCCAUGCAGUCGCCAAUGGUCCAGCAAAUUCUUCGUGAUCCAGAAGCUCUGAGAUCUAUGAUGGCUAUGCAGGCUCAGAUGGGAGGCGGAAAUCCAAUGGGAGGAGGAGGAGGAGCGUUCGGGAAUCCAUUCGGAGGAGGACUUGGAGGAAAUCCAUUCGCCGCUUUGGGAGGUGGUGCCGGUGCCAGAGCGGGGACGGAAGGAUCAAAUACCGCCGAAGACCCAUUUCCGAACCUCUUUGCGGCGGGUCAAGCUGCUCAAACGGGAGCUGGCGGUACAGGAGCCGGGGCACGAGGUGGAGGGGCAGGGGCAGGUGCCGGCGGGAAUCCCUUUGGAGCUGUCAACUAUGAAGCUCUCACUCGAGCCAUGAUGGGAGGUGCGGGCGCCGGCGUUGGAGCUGGAGCUGGGGCUGGGGCCGGAACUGGAGCUGCGGCUGGAACAGAGGGCAAUGCAAUGGGUCAGGCGAACCCUUUCGCCAUGUAUCAGAACAUGUUCGGCGGGAUGGGAGCUGGCGGAUGGGGAGGCAUGGGAGGAUUCGGUUCACCACCACCUCCGGCUGAUACGAGGCCGCCUGAGGAGAUCUACGCGACGCAAUUGGGACAAUUGAAUGGCAUGGGAUUGUGGGAUGCGCAGAAGAACAUCCGCGCGCUCCGAGCCACCGGGGGCAACGUUGAAGCUGCGAUUGAAUUGAUAUUCUCAGGAUCAUUAGAUCAGUGAAGGAGCGCCUGACAAGGCAGACAAAGUUCCAUGCCUGGUCUCUUCGUCCUCACAUGCAUGAUUGUACUACA